AUGACCAAUUCCACAAUGGUAAUGGAAUUUCUUCUCCUGGGCUCUCCUGAUGGCUGGAAUAUGAGAGUCCUCUAUUUCACGGUAUUCCUACUGACCUAUCUGAGUACUUUGUUAGGGAACCUGCUCAUCAUCACUGUCACCACUGCUGACGAGAACCUGCACACGCCCAUGUACUUCUUCCUCAGGAACCUGUCCAUCUUGGACAUGUGCUUCAUUUCCAUCACUGUCCCCAGUGCCUGUGUCAACUCCAUCACUGGCAACAGGGCCAUAUCAGUGGUUGGUUGUGCAACCCAGAUCUUCUUGGUCAUUUUUUGUGCAUGUGUGGAGAUGCUGUUUCUCACCAUCAUGGCCUGGGACCGCUAUGUGGCCUUCUGCCAGCCCCUCCAUUACCCCAUCAUCAUGAACCCUCAGUUUUGUGUCCGCAUGACCCUGGCUUCCCUGCUCAGUGGCCUGGUGUAUACAGGUGUGCACACUGGAAACACCUUCCGGCUAUCCUUCUGCCAGUCAAAUGAGGUCCAUCAGUUCUUCUGUGAUCUCCCCUCUCUGCUGAGGCUCUCCUGCUCUGACACCACCAGCAACAUGAUCCUUGUUCUUGUUUCUGUGGUGUUUGUGUGUGGUGCUUGCUUUAUUUUUAUUGUCACAUCAUAUAUACGCAUAUUUUCUACUGUGCUGAAAUCUCCCACCAGAGCCCCAAGCAAAGUCUUCUCCACCUGCACCCCUCACAUCCUCGUGGUGUCCAUCUUCCUCAGUUCUGGUGCAGGUGUGUACCUGAGACAUUCAGCAACCUCUGACACACUCCAGGACAUGCUUCUCUCUGCCUAUUAUACCAUGGUUCCUCCCUUCUUGAAUCCUAUCAUCUACAGUCUCAGGAACAAACAGGUAAAGGAAGCUGUGAGGAGAGUAAUAGAAAGACAGUUGUUCUCAGGGAAAUGA